AUGUAUCAUAUCUGUAGAAGCCUAAAUAUGACGUUGUAAAACAUGUCCAGGUAUGUCCAUGGUUACAUUUUUACGUCAUACACACACGCUAUUGAUUGGCACCGCCAAUAAGAGCGCGCUGUAAAAAAGUUAACGACAAACACAUAAACACACAAACAUGGCAGAUACGGGAUGAUUGUUCUCCCUUUGCUUCACUAAUCGCAUUUCUGCCACACGGGCUGUUGUAGUUUUCCUCAUUAUUGAUACAAUUAUUGCGUGUGUCUUUUUGAGUCUCAUUUUUGACACAUUGUUAGCUUAUACAUAGAUAGUUAGGUAGCUAGCUAGCAAGAUAGCUAGAUAGAUAGACAUGGCAAAAGAAGUGUCUAUAUGUUUGGCUAGUGAAGACAAAGGUGUCUUUAGUCAGAUGGAACACUGGCAUUAAGGGUUUAAUUAUGUUUGUCCCGACAAUGACGACAAACGUGCGACCUUUCCAUCAGGAAGGAGAAGCCAGACCCUGGUUGUAAUUGCCAAGGUUGUUCAAGGUCACCCAGAGUGUUAGAAAAUAAUAGCAUCCAGCACCAGUUUGUCAAAUUAAGACCAAAUCCAACAUGCUCAGGUUGUCAUUGCCAUUUUGGUUUGAAAGUGCUGUUGGCUGGGAUUUGGGCCAUCUCUAGGGAUACUUUGAAUGUUGCUUGAAUUAGCCCCUCAAGCUAAAAAAAAAAAAAAAACUAUGAGAGUUGACUAAUGGCUACCAAAUUUGAACCUGGUAUCCCAGACAGGUUGCUGGUAUUACAAGAUAUUUUAGUUUUGGACAUUGCAUAUAGGCGGAGCUCUGCAACAAAGUUAGAUGGUUUGCCGUGAAACACGAAACUUCCUCCAGAGUUUUUGAAAAUAUUAGCAUCUGGAAAAACUGCGUCCAAUUGAUACCCAAUCCAGCGCCGAUCAUACGGGAAUAAUUGUUUAUCAUGUAUAUCUCGAGGAGGUGUCUCGCGGCAUGCAUUAGGAUUUGUGUUAUUACGAUGCGUGACACAUACACUUUUUACCUGUUGUGACGUCCAUCCUGAUCAAAUGUCACGGGUCAAUCAGCUUAAUUUCCCAGAAAGGGGCGUGACCGGUGAUCUAGUCAUCAGAGUGGGAAGAUCCUCUAAAGGGAGGAGGAGGACUUACCACUCACGCAUACAUCCAGCGAGAGAACCCAGCAGAGAGCGCACAAAUCGGACAGAGAACUUUGGAAAAUCAAAGCAAAGAGAAGGAAAGAAAGACUUUGACAGCGGAGACAUGACCGUUCCACAACUUGCACUUUUCUGUCUGUUCUGCUGCGGAUGUUGGCGAUCCACAGACGCUAGUCAUAUCCAGAGAUUGGAAGAUGAACUUCUCUUCAGAACGGUUCGAGGAGAUGAACCCGCUCAACUCUCACGGAGAGACGACGACGAGCACCAGCAAGUCCAGAAUCUUUUCAAAAGGUUCCUGUUUCAUUAUUCAAAAGCGAGGACCUCUGCUGACCCAGAGGAGAACAUGUCCGACUCUGUUCACCCUCUGAUGCGACUUUCGCCGAAGCUGUCUCAGCGGAGGAAGAAGACGGUGGUGCUUCUGGUAAGACAAAAUGUCCACUUGGCACUUGACGUUAUUGACUCCAAUUGCCUCUGUGUCUUUCUCGUUCUGCAGAAUAUUUGAGAUCGGUCACCGCGACAUCGUGCUUGACCAAACAAAACAAAACAAAAAACGUGAGGGCUCAGCUCCGUAUGUUACAGUGCGGACAAGGCGUUCCAGGUGGAAUGACGGCGCGCUCGAAUGCUUGUGAAUGUGACUCAGACGUGUUGCACAUUAAAUACUCGCACUAUGGCUGGCCUUGGCUUUUAUUUCACCGAAAAAGGCGAACAUGAAUGAUUCAUUGUUCGCAUGAUUAUUUCCCUGCUAGAGGUUUGGCCGGUUCAAAUUGGAGGUUUCCAUGACGACAGUUUUAACAUGUCAACAUACUUUUUUUUUUUUUU